AUGUAUACAAUACUUCUGGUUUGCUGUUUUAAAAAUUAUUGUCUUUGUUCCUUUUUCGUACAAAUUACUGUUACGACUUCACUUCCCCUUCCUGUUGGUCUUCUUCAUUUAUGCCUGACCACCGGACAGCGCAUCAGUAACAUGACCACAUACGUCCCAAAGAGCUCGCGCGAUGAUGUAUACCGCUUCUUCUUCACGGAGGGCGUUGUUUCCUGCAAGAAGGACCCCCUCGGCACGUGGAAGGGAACUCUUGGUGGCAAGACGUUCAAGCUUCCCACUCUACAGGUAAUGCAACUGAUGCGUUCCCUGAAGAGCCGUGGCCUCAUUAAGGAGCAAUUCGCCUGGCGCCACUUCUACUGGACUCUAAAUGAUGAAGGCAUCAACUACAUGCGGAAAUACCUCUAUCUGGGAGCAGAUGCUGUGCCGAACACUCACAAGGUGGAUCACAAGACCUUUGAACGCGAAGGCGGACGCGGGCGUGGGCGCGGUGAUGGCCGUGGCCGUGGGCGCGGGUUCGGACGUGGCCGUGGCGAGGGCCGUGGCUUCGGACGUGGACGCGGUGAAGGCCGUGGCCGUGGUUUCCAUAGUGAGCGCGACCAGUACCGCGCCGGUGCUGCUGCCCAAGGCGAGGAUGCCGCGCCCGUUGCUGCGGUUGAGUAG